CCAAAGUUCCUAUAAAUACCUCAUCUCCCUCCCAAUUCCCAUUCCAUAUCUCAACACUAAUCCACUAAAGUGUUCUUAAAGAUGAUGAUGGCCAUCAAACUCCGUAUAUUUCUCCUAUGCCUUCUCAUUUUCACCAUCCUUUCAUGCAUGGAGCUCAGGCCGGACAUUCCCUAGUACCAACUCCAACACUAACUGCUCAACCGGUCAGCCAUCCCAUGUAUCGGGUGGCACAAGGAAGCCUUCAGCCAGAAGAGUGUCCGGGGAGAUGCACAGAGAGAUGCUCGGCGACUCAGUAUAAAAAGCCAUGCAUGUUCUCUUGUGAGAAAUGUUGUGCAAAGUGCCUGUGUGUGCCACCAGGAACUUAUGGGAACAAGCAGUCUUGCUCUUGCUAUAAUAACUGGAAGACUAAGACAGGAGGACCAAGAUGCCCUUGAAUAUAUAUAUAUAUAUAGUGUGUGCGUAUGUAUGUAUAUAUAUAUAUAUGUUAAUAUCUUUCUCGUGAAUGCUUUUUUUCUUCUACCAUGUUUUUGUAUGGCUUCUUUCGGUCUAGUUAAAUAUUUUGAGUUCAUAUGUAA